CUUCCACAAUGCUUCUUCAGGCGAUCCUGUUCGCUGCCGUCGCUGCGCUCGCGUUCGUCUACUUUAAGGUGCGCGGCACGGCGCCGUUCCUCGACUUUCCCGGUCCGCCGCGUCACUGGUUUUGGCAGAAUGCGCGCCAAGUCACCAAAGUGCUCCAUGCACGACACGACUGGUGGCGCGCCAUUUCCAAGGAGUACGGAAACAUUGUCUACUAUCGUUCGCUCGGCAUCAACAUUCUGAACGUCUCAGACCCCGAAAUCCUCGACCAAGUGUUCAAGAACUACACCAUCUUCCCAUCCCGAGCACUCAAGAACCCCUUCGUUCGCGUCCUGCCUCUCGGAUUGGUUGCAAUGGAAACGAGCGAUCGCUGGUCGCGCCAUCGUCGUCUCUUGUCGCCGCUGUUUGCUGAAAAGUUCAUGGAGGUCUACGCCACCGUGUUUAUCGCAUCUGGCGAGCGCCUCUUCAAGCAAUGGCACGAGACCCCUCGCGGCACCAAGAUCAACAUUUACGAGGCAUUCAUCCGCCUGACCCUCGACAUUAUCGGUCUGACUGGCUUUGGCUACAACUUUGCCGCCCUCGACAACCCCGACUCGCGCUAUGUCCACGCCGGCCAAGAGAUUCUUGACGAGAUUGUUCGCCUCAACCUUCUGCCCAAGCCCAUCGCUGCUCUCGACCGCGCCAAGAAGGACAAGCUCCGCGACGGCAUGAAGGCCUUCGAGGACGUUGUCGACGACGUGGUCAAGGCCAACCGUGCCGGUGGCAACGACGAGGACGAGACCUCCAAGAACAUGCUUUCCGAGCUGCUCCGCAUGCAAGAUGAGGAGGGCAAGCUGACUCGCGAGGAGGUUCACGACGAAAUCAUUACGCUCAUGAUUGCAGGACACGAAACCACCGCCAACACCAUGUCGUGGGCCAUCUUCCAGCUCGCUCGCAACCCGUCCGUGCAGGCCAAGCUCCGUCAGGAGAUUGAAACAGUGCUCGAGGGCCGCCCACCAAAGUACGAAGACCGCAAAAACCUGCCCUACACAGAGUGGGUCAUCAAGGAAUCGCUGCGCAUGUACCCAACUCUGCCCAUUAUUCCUCGUGAGGCCAUGGCUGACACUGAAAUCCGUGGCAAGCUCGUGCCAAAGGGCACCUGGGUCCAAGCAGACCUGGUUUCCAUGCACAGCGACCCGAAGAUUUGGGGCGACCCAGAGACCUUCCGCCCCGAGCGCUUUGACGAGAGCAACCCGGACAACAACCGCCACCCUGCUGCAUUCAUGCCGUUCGGAGGUGGUCGCCGCAUCUGCAUUGGUCAGCGAUUUGCCUUCCUCGAGGCGACGCUCGUGCUGGCUCGCGCCAUUCAGCAAUUCGAGUUCCGCAUGGAUCCCGACCAGCAAGUGACUGGCUAUACCGACAUUUCGUACGGACCCAAGAUUGGUCUGCUUGUUGAUGUCAUUCCGAUUCAACCAAAGGCUGAAUAACCGGGGGAACGGGUUUUAAAAUUUUUGGUUGAAGCAUUUUGUCGUUCCGAAUACAAGCAUUGUUUUGUUAAAGUGUGUUGAUGUACUUUUGUUGUUGUUGUUGUUGUUCUUGUUGCUCGCUGUACAAGCGAGAGAAUACAUGGAUUCAUUUUUGCACGGAUGAUCAACAAGAGUGACAGC